AUGUUUUCAAGCAUUAGAAACUUUUUACAUCGUCAUAGAAGAAAGUUCAUUGUGACUGGUGCUGUGUUUGGUUCAAUCUACUUGCUCAUGAGUUACGCUCAAAAGAAGCUCAGGGAAUGGCAAGAAAAAGAGGCUAAAAAGUUCUUUGAAAUGACAAGAAAGAAACAACACUUUGAGAGCACAGAGCGCACAUGCAAUCAGACAAUACUGUCUCUCUCAAAAAUUGUUUCCGAUAAUAUCUUAAAUUCCUUAAACACUGAGGAUAUUGUUCAAAGGCUUCAUGAUAAUCCUGAAAAUAAAUUAGAACUUUGGGAACAAAUGAAAAUUAUGAUCAUCACUAGGAUAUGUGUACUUGUUUAUGCUCUCUCUAUUUUGCAAGUAACUCUGCGAGUACAGCUAAAUAUUAUCGGUGGAUAUCUUUAUAGAGAUUCAGUACUAGAGCAUGAACCACUUAUAGAUGGAGAUUUACAAGCAAAGUACCUGUCGCUGUGUCAUCACUUUUUAGGGCCAGGCUUGGAAGAUUUAGUCAGGCAAGUAGAAAGGGUUGUCAAAAGAGUUGUAGAUCCUAUAUCACUGAAAAAGAAAAUUACAUUGCAGGAGGUAGAGCAAAUGUUUUGGUCUAUACAAACAAUUUUAUGUACUGAUACAAAUGAGGGAGAUCCUGUAAAAAAAAUGGUACAUUACUUGGUGGAUCAUACAGAAAUUAAUGAGGCUAAGUUUGACACAAUUGUUAAGGAGACAAUGGACGUUCUAGAAAGUGAUGAAGUUACAUCUGUCACAAUGUCCAUUGUUAGUAGGAGUUUCUCGUCUGUUAUAGAUGAAAUUGCCAAUUUAUUUGUUUCAAAAUGGGUUCCUACUUCUAAAAAUCACCUGGAAGUCAACAAUGACCAUGUCGUCACAAAUGGAGCUUUAAAGUUGGGAAACCCCCCAGAACCCUUUGUCAAUGUGAAUAAAUGUCUAACGGGAUUGCCGAUAACAUCAAAUUGGCUACAAAAUUUUUACAUGCAAGUAUCAGGAUAG